ACCAUUUUCAACUCUCCGCCAUCUCGAGCAUCUACCUAUCUGGCUCUUGUUCACGAACGGAUAAGCGAAAUACAAUUACUACUAGUAUUAUAGCUUUUCCCACUGUGCUCUUUGAAACAAACCAUCUCGACGACCUCCAUCUUGGCAUCGUCAACCCGGAUCGAGUCGAAUCCAUAACCGCCAGAUCUCGCUUCGUAUCGAACACAUCCCGCCGCAAUGUCGGGCCCCAAUAACGUCGACAUCGACGCGCUGCUGGAUCUAUCCGAGUACGAUGGAAUCCCCAGCUACAACUCGCCGUCGCUGUCUCCCUCCACCACCUCCAAGCCCACCUUCGCCAGCCCGGUCACCACCGCCGUGACGACGCCUUCAAUGACGACGACGCAGGCUCUGAGCGGGCCCAGCCACAACUAUGACAUGUAUCGUCAGCAGACGGGCUUUGUCCCCGGCGCCAUCGCAAACACUAUGGCUGUCAACGAAUCGAGCAACGCGGGAUAUCAGGACUUUGGUAGCCUCGACUAUCUGACUGGCUUCCCUUCAGAGAACGACAUGUUCGACUUCAACACCUCGCCGUCGCAGGCUACCCUGGGAGCGUCGGACAUGAUGGACUUUGGCUCACCGGCCGAUUCUCAACUUUUCCCGACCGUCAACCCCAGCAACAUCGAGCAGGACUCGGCGCUUGCUUCUCCCAGCCUGUCCAGCCAAGCCAGCGGUGUCGGCCGCCUAUGGCCCGGUGCGCACUCGCAGGCCGCCAUGGCCAAGGCUCAUGCUCAGCAGAGGCAGCAGCAGCACAUUAUCCAGCAACAGCAGGCUCAGCGCCAGCCCAUGCAAACCAAGGCCCGUGCCGGCAAGGCGCCUCAGCCCAGCGACCCCAUUGUUGAGCAGAAGAUUACUCAGCUUCUGAACUCGAUGCGGGCUAAGCCUGCUCCUCCGCCCUCCGACGCCUCCUCUCCCAUGGCCAACCUCAACCGCGCUAAGAAGGAUGAUGAGGAGAUGGACGAAGAUGAGCGCCUUUUGGCAAGCGAAGAGGGCAAGAAACUCAGCAGCAAAGAGCGCAGACAGCUGCGCAACAAGGUCUCUGCCCGUGCUUUCCGAUCAAGAAGAAAGGAGUACAUCUCUCAGCUUGAGUCCGAGGUUGCUGGCAAGGUGCAGGACAACAAUGACCUGCGUUCCCAGAACCGCGCUCUGCUCGAAGAGAACAAGCGCCUUUCUGAUCUCACUCGCAUGCUCCUUUCCUCCACUGCAUUCUCCAGCUUCCUGGACCACCUCAGCGCAAAUCCCUCUGUUGCUGCCCCGGCACAGGUCAAGCCAGAGCCCCAGCCAUCGCCAGAGCAGCGCUCAGUCAAGGAUGUCAACCCUUACGGAUCGCAGUCCUCUCAGCAUCAAAUUGGCAUGGCCAUGAUUCCCGAGCAGAACGUUGAUUUCUCGCUUAUCGGCAAUGGCUUCAACUUCCAGCCCCGAGUGUUUGUUGUGGAGACCUCCGAGGUUCCCUCUCCCAUCGAAUCCAGCAUCCUGUCUGGCAAGGUACCCAGCGUGAUUGAGCAGACUUUCCAGUCUGAAGACACAAAGGUCGAGGUGCCUGUGAUUGAGCGACCUGUUGAGCAGACUCCAGUCGCCCAGUCCGAGACAGGACCUGUCGAUGAGGAAUUUGAGGCCGACCCCGAGUUUGCUCUCUACCACUCGGAGCCUGCAUCAACCAUCUCCGAGUCCAGCGAGGUGGACACUGAGAGUCUUUCACACGUUGACAUCUUCGGUGGCAUUGAGACCGAGAAAAUGCUGUCUCGAUUUGAACUUGUGGAUGCCACCGAAGAGGAAGCCAGCGCUGCGAUUGCCAUGGCCCGAGUACAAAGCAUAAGUGCCAGCAUGGAGGCAGUGACAUCAAGAUUAGAGAUCUUGACUAUGGACCUUUGAAGAGAAAAAAAAACAAGAAACAAAGAAACAAAGAAAAAAAUUCUUACCACACGGUCUACUAUAAUUAGCGACUUCUCUUUUCUUUAUCAUGGCUUCUGUUUUUUCUACUUAUUUCAAGGCUGGAAUGUGCAUACUAUGGGCCAGGCAGCGGUAUACGGAGUUUUCUUCUUUCUAUUAUGGGGUCAUAACGGAUGGGUUUCACACAUGGCAAUGUUGCUUCUUGACUCUUUUUCUUCUUCCCUUUGUCAUAUUUUUUUUUGCAGAAGAGGCAGCUUAUCCUCUCUGAUUUAUUCUUAUUCAUGGAGCUGGCCGGAAAACAGCGGCAAGGGCUUUUCCUUUUUGUUAUUUUAUGUUUGACUUUAUAUAUCUAAAUAGACGGGAGGAGGGGGAAGAAAUAUUCCACUCGGUCAGUGGCUCAGCAGACAAGAAAUGCCAAAACCUUUUCAUG